CUUCUUCUAUUGGCGCGCUUACAAUAAUGUGUGUACUUUGCUUCACUUUAUUUACAGAGACUGAUCAUAUAUGAUAUAUAUCAUAUAUAUACGUUCUUUGGUAUUUAUAAAUACCUUAAGGAAGAGUGUUUACAACAUUAAAUCUGAAUUAAUGACAACAUACAAUACUGUACUAUAUUCUGAAUUGCCUUAUCAAGAACAAGCACUUAAGGAUAAGAACUGUAUUAAAUUGCAUACCUGCAGGCUAUACAAUUUAUAGGGUAGAUUUUGUCUUCCCAGUUUGCAUAAUUAUGAAGCUGCUUUUCUGGUUUGUUCGUGUUUUGUAGCAUCCUAAUACAAUUAUAAUUCUUACAACUGAGCAUAUUCCUUGGCGAUUCAAUUGCUUUUACCGUUUUUUAUAAAACGACGUUAUGAUUAUGUCGCGGGAAAAAUGAAUAAAGGAAAUAUUUUCUGGAGCACCAGCGUAUCUACUGGAGAGACUGUCAUGUCACUGAAUAGCCUACAGAAGUUUGCUGCUACCAGGAAGCGGCGUCUUUCAUUACAACCAACAGAAACAUCUUCAAAUUCGGCACACACUUCAACAUCCAACAGAUGUGACUCUAAAACGUCAGUUGUAAGCCAAACAUUUUGGAGUCGUUUCUAUAGUUUAGAAUGCCAGCUAAAUGAUGAUUUGCUAAGUAUUGAAAUACCAUCAAGUAUAACACAUGUUUACAAUCCAUUGGUUUAUGCCUCAAAUUUACACUGCGCUUACUUGGAAAAAUUCUUGGAUGGACCAAAGCGAGUUGUUUUCGUGGGCAUGAAUCCUGGUCCGAAUGGAAUGGGUCAAACUGGUGUACCUUUUGGUAACAUCUUAACUGUUCGUAAUGAAAUGGGAUUGUCUGGUGCGGUUCUGCAACCGCCUUCGGUACAUUUGAAGCGUCCUGUGGACGGCUUAGAGUGUACAAUUGAAGAACCAAGUGGUGUGCGAAUAUGGGGUUUAUUCAAAAAACUGGCGGGUGGAUCGCUGAUGACUUUUGGGAAAAAUUGCUUUGUACAUAAUUUUUGUCCGUUAAUUUUUUACGACAAGGGCGGAAGAAACAUUACUCCCAGUGAGUUGAAGGGAGAUUAUAAAGCAAUUAUUGGAAAGUUAUGUUUGGAGGCACUUGAUAAGGAGCUGGAUUUGUUACAGCCGGAGAUAUUAGUGCCAAUAGGAGAGUAUAUAAAUGGAAUAAUCAAACGUUCUCGACAUAUCAAUUCUCUUAAAAUUUGCAAACUUCAUCAUCCAAGUCCUCGUGCAUUGAAUAAUCAGAAUUGGCCUGAAAGGGCCGAAGAACUUUUACACAAAUUUGAUCUAGUUAAGUAUAUUAGCAAUGGAGUGUAGUACCCAAGAAUGAUAGGAAUAUAAUCUAUUAUUUUUAUAUCGUACGUCUAUACAUAUGUACAUACGUGCAUGCGUAUGUUAAAUAAAUCUGACAUCUAAUCAGUAUCUACAGUACAAACUAAGCAAUGUGCUUGAAAAAUUAAGCUAAUUUGUAUCAAAGUGAUAUGUA